ACGGCGGAGCGCGGGCGGUGUCUCUCCGCUGCCGCCACCGCAGAGGGGGAACCCCAGCCGGGGGAAGGGGUGGUGCUGUUGCUGCUUGUGGUUAGAGCCUGCAUUUAGCCUCCCCGCCUUCGCUUUCUGCACCUUCCAGCCCUGAGUCUUCGGGGCAACGAGAGCACCCCUGAGCAUGUCCAGAGGGCGCCUCGUCCCUCCCUCCUCUCCCCCGCCCCUGUGGAGGACCCACCCCAAGAGGGUUUCUGUGACGACCAGGCGGCUCCGACCACCUCUUCGUCUAGCCUUGUCAGUUAAUGGGAUGCAGCGGAGAAGUCAGAUGCACAUGGACGACUUGGAGGGAAAUACGAUAGUCUUCUCCGUUCUGAGAAAUUUCAACAGCUUAAUGUCUCAGUCUGCGGAAGAUACGUCUAGCUUGGCUGCAACAUCAGCACCUCAAGGCUCUCUGCAGACGCAGUACCAGCAGAUGAUGAUGCUUGAAGAUCAGGCUGGACAAAUCCACUCAGGGACGCGGCUUUUGCAAGUGGAGCGGGAGAAGAUGCAGAUGGAACUGAGUCACAAAAGGGCUCGAAUUGAGCUUGAGAAGGAGGCGAGUACCAGUGCCAGGAAUUACGAGCGGGAAGCUGACCGUAACCAAGAACUACUCAAGCGCAUCAAGCAGUCUCAGGAAAGGGAAGCAGAGGCACAGAAUAAACUUCACGAACAAACAGAGGUCAAUAAAACUUGUCAGAAGAACAUGGAGUCACUGAAUAAGAAGUUGCAGGAGAAGGAGAGCAAGCUGGCAGAAGCCAGUGAAACAAUCAGUGGAUUGAAGGGGAAGAUAUCAGAGUUGCAGUGGAACUUAAUGAACCAGGAAAUGCAGAUGAAGAGCCAAGAGUUGGAGAAGCAGGAGCUGACUGAACAGCUGGAUGUACUACACAAGAAAUGGCAAGAAGUCAGCCAGCAAAUUCAGGCUCUACAAGCAAAGCAAGCCCUGAUGGUUGAGAAGGAACAGAAGAUACAGGAUCUGGAGCAGAAGCUCUCCUUGCAAGAACAAGAUGCUGUAAUUGUGAAGAAUAUGAAGACUGAGUUGGCACAGUUCCCCAAAAUGGAAAGAGAGCUUCAGCAGCUCCGGGAGGAGAAUGCUUACCUUAGGGAGAUGAAAGAAAACAAUGGAUUGCUCAAAGAGGAGGUGGAAGGUCUCCAGAGGAAACUGGAGCGCUAUGAGAAGGUGCAGGAGGAAUGGGUAGCACUGGAAUUGGAGAAGGAGAAACUACAAGGAAAGUUGAACAUCUGGGAAAAACUGGACCAGAGCACUGGCUUAGAUAUCAAGAGCCCUGUUGACCUCUCCAGGCACAUCAUUGCCCUGCAGCAACGGGAGCUUGUUCUGAAAGAACAGAACUCCACCAUCUCCAGCAGUGCUAGGCUCCUAGAAAAGGCCCGGAAGCAACUGCAAGAAGAGCUGCUGCAAGUGCAGAGCCAGCUCCUGGAGGAGAAGAAGAGACGUGAGCAGCAUGAAGCCAUGGUCCGAAGCCUGCAGAAACGCGUGCAGCUGCUCAUCAAGGCCCGUGAUGGAAUGAGAGCAAUUGUGGAGUCAUACGACAGUGAGCUGAAUGCAUCGGAGCACUCUCCUCAGCUGAGCUUUCGUGUGCGGGAGGCUGAGGACAUGGUGCAGAAAGUAGAAGCACGCUGUGCUGAGAUGGAGGCUCAGUUGUUCCAGACUUUGGAAGAAACAGGGAACCAGAAGAAAAAAGCAGAUAUGCUGGAAAUGGAGCUUCAGGUGCUGAAGAGUCAGACCGCCGCAGCGGACCCCAGCAUCUUUGUUGCCCAAGAGGAGGUGAAUGCGCUGAGGUUAAAGGUUGAGGAAUUGGAGGCUGAACGAAGACGGCUAGAAGAGGAGAACAGAUCUCUGGAGAUGAAGCUGGAACAGAUAACUCUUCAAGGCUAUCACGAUCCCAGCAAAACCAAAGUCCUCCACUUCAGCAUGAACCCGGCAAGCCUGGCCAAACAGCAGCAGCUCCAGGAGCAGGCCGAUCUGCGGGAAGAAUGUGAGCGCUUGAAAGAGAUGGUCAGAGUGCUGGAAGGAGGGGGCACUCUCGCCGAAAACCUGGAGGGGGCCAUCAGCCGCCAGUCACCCCAAGAAGUCUCAGAACUAAAGAAACAGCUGGAGAGUGCAGAACUGAAGAACCAGCGCUUGAAAGAGGUUUUCCGGACAAAGAUCCAGGAUUUCCGCAGAGCCUGUUAUGAACUGACCGGGUACCAGAUUGUCAUGACUUCGGACAACCAGUACCGACUCGCCUCCGUCUAUGCAGAGCACAAAGAAGACUGCUUGAUUUUUAAGGCCUCGAGGUCUCCGGGCAAACAGAUGCAGCUGCUGGAAACCGAGUUUUCACAGACGGUCCGUGAGCUGAUCGACCUUCACCUGCUGCAACAGAACAGCAUCCCCGCCUUCCUGAGCGCCGUCACCCUUGACCUCUUCAGCCGCCAGACUGUGGCCUAGCCCUCUAUUGGCCGCUGUUCUCCAGCGCCUUCUGCUCAUGGAUCACAGCCAGAUCUGACUAGCAGGCGCCACUCAGCACCUUGGGGCCAGGGCCAUAGGAUCCGUCAGGCUGACGAGGCCGUUUCUCAGUUUAGUUGCACCUUGUAAGUUUCCGCCUCCCCGCAGCAAUCCCUUCCAUGCUUCCUUGAAGAAGUCGCCAAAGCGUUUUUUGCCAAGGGAUGUGUGUUUCUCUGGGCUUGUGUAGUUUUCCUUUGACACUGAAUCUCUGGGGUCAGUGACAAUGCAACGGUAGGGAACAUUCCCUAUUUUCUCACUUUUUCUUUAAAAAAGAAAGAGAGAGAGGAGGAUGGUCCUUGCAGUAUUAAGAAGUGCUGUGAUAAAAAGCGCCUCUCCAACGGUGGGGAGGGUGUGUGUUUCUACCAAUGCUCAGAAGUCCCAAGAGCUCCUAGGAACAAACACCCCCAUUUAGAAGUUUUUAGAAUGAGAAUAGGGUGUCAGCUGACCCUUUAGGAGAAAUGGGGGUGUCGCCAUCUAAAUUAGGUGACCCAAACAUAACAGGUUCCCCAUUCCAGCUUGUUAGCAGAAAGACCAAUGCAAUGCAAUUAAACGCCCUGCGAUCUCUCGGUACUUUCCACUCCUGCAUCCCUGCUUCUUUUUUUAAACUCUCCCUUGUACCGCUCAGAUGCCCCUUGAGCAUAUUCUCCUUCUUUGCCCAUGGCUACUCAGACAGUAUCUGAAAUCCAAGGAAUGGGGUCUCAGCUGCAUCGGCUCUGACACCGGAUCGUGGCAGGCAGCUGGGAUGUGCAGACUUUACCUGCACGUCGCAAAGUCUCCUUUCUAUUUAUUACUCUUCCUUGCUCAAUUUAGAAAGGAUGAGGCUGGGGUGGUUUUUUUUGCGGGGGGGGCGCUUGUUUAUAUUUUAAAGCGCUGAAAUGAUGUGCUGUGUCAAGAUGGUUCAGGGGCUUGGGCAAAUAAAGUGUCACUUUCGCACCGGU